UCUGCCUGUAGAAUCUAGUGAGCUGUCUGAAGGAUCUUGUCUUCAUAACAAAGUAGCUGUUACAGUGGAUUAAUAUCCAGUAUUCUGUGUGGCCUGAUGAUAUAACAGUGGCAAUGAGGAGGGCAUCUUCAUGUGGCAGUACUGCUGUAUCUGCACUGGAAACAUCUACAAAGUGCAGGAUGGUGGAUCCAGAGAGUGAGGUGCCUCCUCUCCCUCCCAGGUACAGGUUCCGGGAUUUGUUGCUUGGAGAUCAGGGAUGGCAGAACGACGACAGGGUACAGGUUGAAUUCUACAUGAAUGAAAAUACAUUUAAAGAGAGGCUAAAGUUAUUUUUCAUCAAAAACCAAAGAUCAAGCCUCAGAAUUCGCUUGUUCAAUUUUUCACUCAAGCUGCUAAGUUGUUUCUUGUAUAUAUGCAGAGUGCUCCUGGAUGAUCUUUCUCAGGAACAUGAAUGCAAGGAAUUAAUCCGGGCUUGUUCCGGUCAAAACUACACUCCUGCGGAGAUAGAUUGGUCACCUAUUAUUUGGGUGAACAGAAGUUUACCUUUAUGGGGACUACAGGUAUCGGUGGCUUUGAUAAGUUUAUUUGAAACCAUGCUCCUGAGCUAUCUCAGCUAUAAAGGCAACAUAUGGGAGCAGGUUUUGCGCAUUCCCUUCCUGUUGGAAAUUAUCAAUGCUAUUCCUUUCAUCAUUACAAUUUUCUGGCCCACAUUAAGAAACUUAUUUAUUCCAGUAUUUUUAAAUUGUUGGCUUGCCAAGCAUGCUUUGGAAAAUAUGAUUAAUGAUCUGCAUAGAGCCAUUCAACGCACACAAUCUGCAAUGUUCAACCAAGUUCUGAUUUUGAUAUCUACACUACUAUGUCUUAUCUUUACAUGUAUUUGUGGAAUUCAGCAUCUGGAGCGAGCAGGAAACAAGUUGACUCUCUUUGACUCCCUUUAUUUCUGCAUAGUGACAUUUUCCACUGUGGGCUUUGGGGAUGUUACUCCUAAGAUCUGGCCUUCAAAACUGCUGGUUGUCAUUAUGAUCUGUGUUGCUCUUGUGGUAUUACCAAUACAGUUUGAACAGCUGGCUUAUUUGUGGAUGGAAAGACAAAAAUCAGGUGGAAAUUAUAGCCGACACAGAGCUCAGACAGAAAAGCAUGUGGUAUUGUGCGUCAGUUCUCUCAAGAUUGACCUCCUCAUGGAUUUCCUAAAUGAGUUCUAUGCUCAUCCCCGGCUCCAGGACUACUAUGUUGUUAUCUUGUGUCCCGCUGAGAUGGAUGCUCAAGUUAGAAGAAUAUUACAGAUUCCAAUGUGGUCCCAAAGAGUUAUCUAUCUGCAAGGUUCAGCUCUGAAGGAUCAGGACCUGCUGAGAGCUAAGAUGGAUGAUGCUGAGGCCUGUUUCAUUUUAAGUAGCCGCUGUGAAGUGGACAGGACCGCAGCAGAUCAUCAAACAAUUUUAAGAGCUUGGGCAGUUAAAGAUUUCGCUCCAAAUUGCCCUCUUUAUGUGCAGAUACUGAAGCCUGAAAAUAAGUUCCACAUCAAAUUUGCAGAUCAUGUCGUAUGCGAGGAAGAAUUCAAAUAUGCAAUGUUAGCUUUAAACUGUAUUUGCCCAGCUACAUCUACACUCAUCACUUUGUUAGUUCAUACCUCAAGAGGGCAGGAGGGCCAGCAAUCACCAGAACAAUGGCAGAAAAUGUAUGGCAGGUGCUCUGGUAACGAAGUGUAUCACAUUAACCUGGAGGAGAGUGUGUUUUUCGCUGAAUAUGAGGGAAAGAGUUUCACAUAUGCAUCUUUCCAUGCACAUAAAAAGUUUGGCGUCUGUUUAAUUGGUGUUAGGAGGGAAGACAACAAAAAUAUUUUACUAAACCCAGGUCCUCGCUAUAUUAUGAGCUCCUCAGACAUAUGUUUUUAUAUCAACAUCACGAAAGAAGAAAACUCUGCUUUCAAAAAGCAAGAGCAGCACCGGAAAAAUCACCAUAUCAGGUCAUUUUAUCAUGGCCCUUCUCGAUUACCAGUGCACAGUAUAAUUGCUAGUAUGGGUACGGUAGCAAUAGAUUUGCAAGAUACAGGCUGCAGAUCCUCUGCUGGGACUUCCCUAACUCUUCCUUCUGAGUCAGGCAAAGCAGGCAGAAGGCCUAGCAUAGCACCUGUUCUGGAAGUCGCGGACUCCUCGGCCCUUCAUACCUGUGAUCUCUUAAGUGACCAGUCAGAAGAUGAAACAACUCCCUCGGAUGAAGAAGUCUCUAAUGGCCUAGAGUAUCUGAAAGGCUAUCCCCCUUACUCCCCGUACAUAGGAAGUUCUCCCACGUUUUGCCAUUUGCUUCAUGAAAAAGUGCCAUUUUGCUGUCUAAGGUUAGAUAAGGGGUGCCAGCAUAAUUACUAUGAAGAUGCCAAAGCCUAUGGAUUCAAAAAUAAAAUCAUUAUAGUUGCUGCAGAGACUGCUGGGAAUGGCCUCUACAACUUCAUUGUUCCUCUCAGGGCUUAUUACAGACCAAAGAAAGAACUUAACCCAAUAGUUUUACUACUGGAUAAUCCGCCAGAUAUGCAUUUUCUGGAUGCAAUCUGUUGGUUUCCAAUGGUUUACUACAUGGUGGGCUCUAUUGACAACCUAGAUGAUUUGCUAAGGUGUGGCGUGACCUUUGCUGCCAACAUGGUUGUGGUGGACAAGGAAAGCACUAUGAGUGCUGAAGAAGACUAUAUGGCAGAUGCUAAGACUAUUGUAAAUGUACAAACCCUCUUCAGGCUGUUCUCCAGUCUGAGCAUCAUCACUGAAUUAACUCAUCCAGCCAAUAUGAGAUUCAUGCAAUUCAGGGCAAAAGACUGCUAUUCUCUUGCACUGUCUAAACUGGAGAAGAAAGAGAGAGAGAAGGGAUCAAACCUGGCAUUCAUGUUUCGGUUGCCCUUUGCUGCUGGUAGAGUUUUCAGUAUCAGCAUGCUCGACACCCUGCUAUACCAGUCAUUUGUUAAGGAUUACAUGAUCUCUAUCACAAGACUUCUGCUGGGACUUGAUACUACACCAGGAUCUGGGUUUCUAUGUUCUAUGAAAAUCACAGAAGAUGAUUUGUGGAUCAGAACAUAUGCCAGACUUUACCAGAAGCUUUGUUCUUCUACUGGAGAUAUUCCAAUUGGAAUUUAUAGGACCGAAUCACAGAAACUUACAAUGUCUGAGUCUCGAGAAAUGGCUUCACAAUCUCAAAUUUCUAUCAGUGUGGAAGAAUGGGAGGACACCAAGGAUAAUAAAGAACAAUUUAACUACCGUAGCAACCAUCGUAACUCGACAUCCAGCGAUCAGUCAGAUCAUCCUUUGUUACGACGAAAAAGUAUGCAGUGGGCUCGUCGGCUGAGCCGAAAAGUGCCAAAGCAUUCCACAAAAACAGCAGAGAAAAUAAGUCAGCAGAGAAUGAAUCUUUAUAGAAGGUCAGAAAGACAAGAACUUGCUGAACUGGUGAAAAACAGAAUGAAACAUUUGGGACUUUCAACAGCAGGAUAUGAUGAAAUGAAUGAUCAUCAAAACACCCUUUCUUACAUACUGAUCAAUCCUUCACCAGACACGCGACUGGAACUGAAUGACGUUGUAUACUUGAUCCGCCCAGAUCCAUUGUCAUAUGUUCCAAAUACUUCAUCCAGCCGGAAAAACAGUUUCUGCAACACCACUGGGCAAGAUACCAGGGAAGAAACACAGCUUUGAUGCAUUACGUGGAUCACUGAUGAAAAGACAUUUUUAUACAAAUAGUUGUUUUGAAAUUUAGUGAAAAUGAAACAAGUUGAUUAUGCCCGGACUUUCAUGAGCCUAGACAUAAUACUCAACUAAUGUUAACCAAACAACUGCUUCACUUAAAUUUUAGGAAUAAUUCUGAAAAGCUGGCCUGAAUAAAGUUUCUAAAUAAUUAUUCUGACCCCGCAGCUGAAAUUAACAAAAUUAUCUGUAAAAUCCAAGCAAGUGUGUCCAUGGAAAUGCUCAGUGAAAGAAACAAGUUUCUAAUUUGAAAUCUAAAUGAUUUAUUUUUUCAAGGAGAUGCUAAGCAUUAAGAUAAUGUUUUCUUAUCCUGUCUUUGAUCAGCCACCUGGGCUUUUUUCAGACAUUCUUAUCUGUAAUACAUGCAGUCAUUGUGUAUCCCAAAACCACAAACUUCUGGAUGUUGCAAAUUAUGUUGUUAGUCAAAGGAAGGUUCAUACAUGCUAACACUUUAAAUAUGGAAUUUAAAGCAAAUGUGUUGUGUGGAGCCAGAAUAUCCAGUACUUGCUAGGCUGACAAAUGUCAACACUGAAUAACAGUAAUCCAGUGUGCAUUUUCAUAGGCUUCUUUAGUUCCUUUUAUUUCUUACAUCACAUAUAGUUUAUUUCAAGUUCUUCGAAAUAAUUGUUUGUUUAGAUGUGCACGAAACGGAUUUUGUGUUUUGCUUCAAGCUCGGGGGAAAAUGCAGACGGCCGAAACAUUUCAUCAAAACAAUUGGUCUGACUGGUUGUUUCAACAAAACAAACUCAAAAUGUUUCGAGUGUUUUGGUCAUAGGGAACAAUGGGGAAUCUCGAAACACGUUCAUGGGAUCUGAGCCAUCGCUGACUGACCAGGAGAGGGAUCUGGGGGUUGUGGUGGAAAGCUCAUUGAAAGUAUCGACUCAGUGUGCAGCAGCUGUGAAAAAGGCCAAUUCCAUGCUAGGGAUCAUUAGGAUGGGUAUUGAAAAUAAAACUGCUAAUAUUAUCAUGCCCUUAUACAAAAUGAUGGUGUGGCCACACCUGAAGUACUGUGUACAAUUCUGGUCACCACAUCUUAAAAAGGACAUUGUAGAACUGCAAAAGGUUCAGAAGAGUACAACCAAGAUGAUCAGGGGCCUAGAGCACCAUUCUUAUGAGGCAAGGCUACAACACCUGGGGCUAUUUAGUUUAGAAAAAAGGAGACUGAGGGGAGACAUGAUAGAGGUCUAUAAAAUCAUGCAUAGUGUGGAGAAAGUGGAUAGAGAGAAAUUCUUCUCCCUCUCAUAUUACACUAGAACCAGGGGGCAUCCCAUGAAAUUGACUGCCACAAAAUUUAGGACCAGCAAACAGAGGUACUUUUUCACACAACACCUAAUCAACUUGUGAAAUUCUCUGCCACAAGAUGUGGUGACAGACAACAACUUGGAUGGCUUAAGAGGAGUUUGGAUAAUUUCAUGGAGGAGUGGUCUAUCAAUGGCUACUAGUUGGAGGGCUAUGGGCCACUUCCAGCCUCAAAGGCAGGAUGCCUCUGAGUACCAGUUGCAGGGGAGUAACAGCAGGAGAGAAGGCAUGCCGUCAAAUCCUGCCUAUAGACUUCCAGCGGCAUCUGGUGGACCACUGUGUGAAACAGGAUGCUGGACUAGAUGGGCCUUGGGCCUAACCCAGCAGGGCUGUUAUUAUAUUCUUAUCCCAUUGUUCCCCAUGGGUAGCUUCUAGGGGAACCAAAGUAGAUUGUCUGAUAGGGCAUGAUGGGUGCUACCUACCACUCACCCACAAAAGAAAUGGGCAAACAGGCAAUUUUAAACUAACCUUUACCCCAAGCCCCCAUAGGAUCCUAUGGGGAGUCCCUAGGAGCUACCCAUGGGGAGCAAUUGGGUGUUUCGAGUUUCCCCAUUGUUCCUUUUGGCUGGAACAAGCUGCACUCACAGAGUGCAUGCACAAAAGCUUUGCAUUGCAAUAUGCAAUGCAUUUUGCAACCUUGACUUGAAAAACACUGCAGAAGCACACAGUAAAGGGGAAUCUGUCCCUCCUAGCACAGAACACACAUUUCAAACACAGUCCGCAAAUGGCCAAAAAAUAAUCAUUGAUACAGUGAUUGGCAUAUCACUGUGCAACAUCAUUGGCACAUCACUGUGUAACAUCAUUGGCACAGUAGCAGUAACAUCGUUGGCACAAGUUGCUCUCUCAACACACAAUUAUGAUUCCUUACAUCCUAGCAUUGCAACAGCUACCACAGCAGCAACUUUGUAGCAAGCAGAACCAUAAGCUCAACUAGAACAACUUCAGCCACAUUUUGACUGAGUACACCUUGAAAUGCAGAUUACAGAGCAGUAAGUGAAGCACAAGUUAGUCUCAAGGCCAGACAUGGAGCUCAUCACCAAGAAAUAUCACACACACACACACACACACAAACACACAGCACUGCCACUCACAAACAAAACAAACCACAACUCAAGGUUGGCAAGCAGGCACCCAAGUUCUGCCUUUGUGAAUCUGAGAUCCAGCAAAACCAGAUUGUUAUAGCAACAAUAGCACAGCAUACCGUAUUAUACUUGGUGCUGAGAUAAAUCACAAAAUCAAACCUUCCUUGAUUCCCUCUUCCUCUCCUCUCCUAAUGUAUCCUUUUCAAGAGAAGCACACUAUAAGGGUUGUUGUUGUUGUUGUUGUUGUUGUUAAUUCGAUUUCUAUGCCGCCCUUCCAAAAAUGGCUCAGGGUGGUUUACAAAGAGAGAUAACAAAUAAGAUGGCUCCCUGUCCCCAAAGGGCUCACAUUCUAAAAAGAAACAUAAGACACACACCAGCAACAGUCAAUGGAAGUACUGUGCUGGGGGUGGAUAGGGCCAGUUACUCUCCCCCUGCUAAAUAAAGAGAAUCACCACGGUAAAAGGUGCCUCUUUGCCCAGUUAGCAGGGGUUCUCUCUGCCUUCCAAUCCCCUUGAAUACAUUUUGAAAUUCCCUCCUUUUGUGUCCCCCCCUCCCUCCUCUCCAGUCAAGGGGGCACAGUUGCGCAUGACAGCACUUGAUUUGUAUGAUAACAAGCCAACCAAGAAGCAAGGAGAUCACAAGCCAAUCAGAUGCCUCCAAAAUCACACUCAAAACAUCAAAACGUUUCGAUCAAACUGGGGUUGUUUUGUUCCAAGCUUGAAACAUCCCCUUUUUUAAAAGGUUAUUUUGUUUCAAGUUCAAAACACUUGAAACAGCCCAUUUGAGUCAAAAUGUUUCAACAUCAAAACGUUUUGCACAUUCCUAAUGUGUAGCCCUUCUUGCUGAAGGGCCACCAGGCAGAUAUCAGGAGCAGAGACUGAAAAUUGUUGCCUUAGUCUGGAAAUCGGCGAAUUGAAAGUCAAAUUCAUUGUUGUUAUAUGUUUAUAUUGUUCUCAAACACAUACUUUAUGUAUGCAGAAUACUCUUUCACAUCAAGAUGAAAGAACUUGGAAAUGCUUUGGUAACCCGUAUUCUGGAGCCCAGUCCUAAGACACAUUAUAUUCUGCCUAAGACUGAACACACCACAUUUACCAAGUCCUGCUUGCAUCCAUAUAUUAAAAGAUUGGAUUGUGAAAGACUUCAGCAAAUCUAAGGAGGAAGGUCAAGAUACUCGCAAAGUGUUUUGCUUUAAAAGAGAUGGAAACUUAGUUAUAAGUAUAGUUGGAGGGCCUAGCAAACAGUCUGUGAGUACCUGGUGCUGCUGAAGCUUAGUGAGUGUGAAGGCCACUAGGAGUGGCAUGUAAUAACAGCACAUCUAAGCAGAAUAAAUAAUAACCACAAGUAGAGACAGAAACAUAGCCUAUGGUAUGUUCCUGUAACAUGUAGCAUAAGGAACACAGGUUUAUGAUCUGCCUGCUAAGACUUUUCUCCUAGCUCACACUGCUUUAUCUGCCAAGGAAUGGUAACUUACGUGUGGGCCAGAAAGGAUGCCAGGAAAGACCCACAGAUCUUUGAUUGCUUGUUCCUAGUCUAAACCAAGUACUUAAACUAUAGUGAAAGCACCAGCUUGGCUGAGGCCCUGCUCUGCAGAGCACUUAAUUAGUGGUGUGCACGGAACCACAUAGGCACAGUCCGGCACUGGGGGGUGGUCCUAGCUUUAAGG